AUGGGAGCCCUAAGCAGUCGAAUGUGGUCCCGGAGAAAUCCCGAGGAAGAUGAACCUGUUAGAGAAGAGGCGGCCGUGGAAGCCGAAGAAGCAGCGGGACCGUCCGUUGUCCAGGAAGAGCAGGCAAGUGAACAGCCGGGAGUUUCCACUGGUCAGGGUUCCACUGGUCAGGGAGGCCACAAGCGGAAGGGCAGCCCAGGAGGCCCAUUGGCAAAAGUACCCCGUAGGACACCACAUAAAUCACUUUUCCUGAGCAGUGAAAAUAGCGAUAUAAAGAUCUUUGCGUUUCAGAAGGAGUGGUAUUUGCACAAGUCCUACCUAUGCUGCUCUGGGUACUUUGCUAGCAUGUUCUGUGGUGCCUGGCGGGAGUCAGAUAUGGAUACAAUAGAGAUGCAGAUGCCCGAUGAAAAUAUUGAUCUCGAGGCUUUCCAUGAUGUUUUGGGCUUCUUGUACAGUCGAAGAAUUGUAAUUUCUCCUCCCCGAGUCAUUGCCAUCCUGGCCACAGCCAGUAUGCUGCAAUUGGAUGAGUUAAUUGAGCAGUGUGAGGAUAUGAUGAGAGACUCAGUCACUUCCGAGACUGUGUGCAACUACUACUACUCUGCUGAGAGUUACGGGCUCCAGAGCAUCAGAUUUGUUUGCUGCCAGUGGCUCUUAGACAACCUGAUGACCCGGCAAAAUGAUGAACUAUUGUUAGAAAUCAAUGUGGAUCUCAUGAAAGAGCUCAUUGCCUCUUCAGAUCUUUUGGUGGUUGGAGUGGAGAUGGAUGUGUAUACCACACUGAAAAAGUGGAUGUACCUGCAGCUGGAAGUACCCACAUGCUCAGGAUCUGAAAGAGCAUUAUUGCCCGAAGAGUUGAGCUUUGCAAAGUUCCGAAGUGAAUCAGAUAACAGGCCUUUUCUGGAAACUGAUCGGGGGAGAGCCUUUGUGUCCGUGUUCCAGCGACUAAGGCUUCCCUACAUCAUCUGUGACCUGCCUUCAGCCUGCACUAUUGACCAGGAUGGACUGAUCCCUGCAACAUGGUUGACGCCAGUAUACAAAGAGCAAUGGCUAGCACUUCUUCGGGCAGAGCAGUCCAAGGAACUUGGGCCAGUGGAUAUCUAUGUGUCUGACAUCCACGGAAACAGCAUGAGGUGUGGAGGCCAACUUUCCACAGAUGAGCAAUGCAGCUGGACCUGGUCUGGCUUCAACUUCGGCUGGGACUUGGUAGUGUGCUAUACCAACAGGCGCAUUAUAUUCCACCGCAGUGCAAUGAAUAAAUCUGGUGGUCUUGGUGUCAGCUUACUCUGGCAGAGAAAAGUUGCCUUCCGUCUGCGAGUGAUCUCAUUGGACAGUACUGGAAAAUCUGUUCUCAGGAGAGAGACUGACUAUACUGUUCUUUCGCUGAGAAAGGAUCAACAACUGGAAGUGGUGAACCUAGGAAACGAAGAAAUAACUUUCCCCAUUUAUGUGGCAUGCAACUUCCUCUACCUUCCUGGAGAGAGUGGCGCUGGACCAAGUUGGGAAUCAAGCAGACGUCCAAUGAACUAA